UGCAGGAGUAAAAGUCCAGGUGGAACAGCUCAGCGCUUGCACACACGCCUGCUGGACCAAAACGUUAUUUUCAAUGAAAACGUGAGGACUCGGAGAAAAACUGCGCAGGGAAUUAGUCUUUUUUUUUAACUCCUGGAGGACUAUUUUACCUUAUCAGCGCUAUCUUUACCACAAGAGACCUGCAGUGUCUGGAAUGACGUCUCGGUGACCCGCUUCUGUUUGAGGUUGGGAGGUUAGACAAGGACAUCUGGCUGACCUGCUGAACCAGCGCACCACUCAUCAUGAUCAGAGCAUCACUCACUGCCAUCUGCCUCGCGCUCCUCCUGUCCUGUGCUUGCCGGGCCAAGCCUAACGGAGCAAAGAACAAGAAACCAAAACAAGUUGUUCCAGCCAUAGAGUGUGAUGUCAGAGCUGGGAAGAUCAAUCUCCCAGAGUUCAUAGCCAAAUGUCCUGCACACUGUAAGGAGACAAAGCAGCAAGUCUACGGGACGGGCGUGUUUGCCUCAAUCUCCAGCAUCUGCAACGCAGCCAUCCACAGUGGGGUCAUCACCAAUGCAGGAGGAAAGGUGAUAGUGAGGAAAAUGGCCGGGCAGAACAUUUACAAAGGCAGCAAUUCCAAUGGAGUGCGCUCUCUGUCUCUACCUAAAUGGAGGGAGUCGUUCGUUGUCUCAGUGGGGAAGCCCAAGAAAGGAGUGAUCUACCCAUCGACUCUGGACUACGUCCCCUCAAGACCAACCUACGUGAAAACAAGUCAAAAGGAGGCCAAAUUGCCUGCGGUUACCACAGUGCUGCCUACAACGGGAGCACCUGAACCUACCACAACUAUAACUCCUGAACCCACCACCACCACCACACUGGCUCCCGCCACCACAACCACCACUACACCUCCACCACCACCACCCACUACCCCCAAGCCUCGAGCUGCUGUCCAUAAAGUCAGGGAUGCAGGCAGCAGUCACCCAUACCUUGCUGCAGUGGCAGCCGCAAGUUCAAGACAGUCACAGAAUGGUCAAGGAAAGAGUCCCAGCCAAGUAUUCAGAGGAAGUGGCUAUCCGAAUAGAUACCCACAACGUGCCAGCGCAGGUCUGCGCAGACCAGAGGCAGGAUCGGCUAUCAGGAGACAGCCAUCCUCUCCAGUCGGCCCAGCUUUUAACAGGGUUCAGCCGGCUCCACCCGAGCGGACUCCAACCAUGAGCCAGUCAAACCCCGCUUUUCCCAGAAGGGAUUGGGCGCCUCCCUCAUUUCCUCGUCCUGAUUGGUUCCCCGGAGCUCGACGCACAACAGAUAUUAGUUAUGCAGCUCCAGACUCAGGAUACACGUGGACUGAGACAGACACACCUGAUAUUUCAGCUCGGGAUCACAGGCCUGAUAUCUCUGAAUAUGAGCGCUGGUUUUAUAACUAUGGACCGUACCCACCUCGCUCCACUGACUCAGAUGUCAACCGUAAAGUGCCACUGGAUACCCAUACUAGAGUGGAGCCAGUGGAUGCCUGGAAACCAGACGCAAACUUUUAUGAAUCAGGCUUCAAUGUGAGAGAGCAGGAACCUGCUCCCAGAGCACCUGAGUCUGUGUCACAGGGAGACCCAAAUUGUAAGGUGGACCUGGCCUUCCUGAUGGAUGGGAGCUGGAGCAUUGGGAAGAGGCGCUUUAAGAUCCAGAAAGACUUCCUGUCUGAGGUGGCUCAGGUCAUCAACGUGGGUGUGGCUGGACCCAUGAUGGGCCUCAUCCAAUACGGGGAUGAUCCGGUGACAGAGAUCAGUCUCAAGUCUUACACCAGCUCCAGGGAGGUGAAGUCAGCCAUAGAUAAGAUUUCACAGAAGGGAGGCCUCUCCAAUGUAGGAAAAGCCCUCUCCUACAUCAACAAGCACUACUUCAGUGAUGCAAACGGAAACCGAGGUGGAGCUCCGAACGUGGCCGUGGUGCUGGUGGACGGCUGGCCCACGGACAAGGUGGAGGAGGCGUCUCGGCUUGCACGGGAGUCCGGCAUCAACAUAUUCUUCGUCACCAUUGAGGGCCCCGAUGACAACGAGAAACAAAACCUGGUUGAGACCAACUUUGUUGACAAGGCUGUGUGUCGGACAAACGGCUUCUUCUCCCUGCCCGUUGCCAGCUGGUUUGCUCUGCGGAAAGCCGUACAGCCCCUGGUGAAGAGAGUGUGUGACACCGACCGCCUGGUGUGCAGCAAGACCUGCCUCAACGCCAACGACAUCGCCUUCGUCAUCGACGGCUCCAGCAGCGUGGGAACCGGCAACUUCCGCACAGUGCUGCAGUUUGUGGCCAACAUCACACGGGAGUUUGAGAUCUCUGACACUGACACGCGGGUCGGAGCUGUGCAGUACACCUACGAGCAGAGGCUGGAGUUUGGCUUCGGUCAGUACAACAACAAGGCCGAGCUGCUGAACGCCAUCAAACGCAUCAACUACUGGAGCGGAGGGACCAGCACCGGAGCUGCCAUCACCUACGCCGCAGAGCAGCUCUUCAGCAAGUCCAAACCCAACAAACGCAAGAUCAUGAUUGUCAUUACAGACGGGCGCUCCUAUGAUGACGUCAGGGCACCUGCGCUGGCUGUCCACCGCCAAGGUGUGAUCGCCUACUCCAUCGGCAUCGCCUGGGCAGCCCAGGACGAGCUGGAAUACAUCGCCACGGACCCCGACAAGGAGCACUCCUUCUUCGUGGACGAGUUCGACAACCUUUACAAAUUUGUACCCAAGAUCAUUCACAACAUCUGCCAGGAGUUCAACUCCCAGCCCAGAAACUGAGGACUGGACGGGUGGGGGGGUACUGAGAGGGGAUGCUGUGAUCCUGGGCUGUCUCAACAGAACACUGAUUGUAAAUUUACUCACUCUGUCGCCCAGAUGGUGGGGCUGGAUUGGCUGCAGCGCCCCGUGUUUGAUCAGGGAGGAAUCUGAAUUUAGGUGAGGAUUGAGGGUUUGGACAAAACAAAUCUUAAAGUGAAUAAUUCGGUCUCAAAUAUACAGAUGGUGCUGAGGGUAAAGGGUUUGCAUUCACAGUGACGUAUCGACAUCUUGUGUGCUGUGGUGCCAACUGUUGGUGCCAUAAUGAGAAAAAAGUAUUCCUAAGCUUUUAAUUACUGUGCUAAUAAGUCACCCUUUAUCUAUGGUUUUUUAAGUUGUAUCUGAGGGUUUUAUUUAUGUUAAUUGACUCUUUAUAAAUCAGUUAUAAGCCAUAAAUCAGAAUUUUGUGGUUAAUAGUACCAUAUGUUAUAAAACUGCAUGUCAGCACUAUUUUUUUCUGAUUAAGUUCAGUCACACUUGUUUUAUCAAAGUUCUUUUGAACAUAUAAAUACACAUUUUAAAAAAUCAUUCAGAAUUUCUGUAAAUUCAGCUCAAAAUUAAGGACUUGGGACUUGAGUCAAUCUUGUCUUAAUACUUAAGUGUCAAGACUUGAGAAUAACCUCUGACUUGCAAAACAAUGACUUGAUCCCACCUCGGCCUCUGAUCUUCCGGGAAAGAGCUGCAGAACAUCUGCACCGAAAUUCGUGUAUCUGAAACUUUUCGGUGGUUACUAAAGACAUAUUCCAAAUGACAAGCUUUUAAAAGUGAAAUGCUGAAGGAGCCACAGGGAUUUUUGGCAACCCAAAAGUUAAAGCCCUCGUGUACAACUUACAAACCUUUGCAUAGGGUGCAGCAUUAGGAAGCGGUACCAAAAAGAUUAGCAAACAUAAGGCUGCCUUACUGGGUUAUGGUGCUUGCUGAGAAAUGUAGAUUUAAAGCAUGCCUAGCACUUCCUCUUAUGGCUUAACAUACUUCAUAAACUUAAUAAUAUGGUUCUUUUUAUACAAUUCUCUGUAAAGAGGAUAUACUUUCUUAGAAUUGGUGCAUUUUAAUCUUCCUAAUAGGAGAGAUUUGAUAGUAGGGACAUUGUUGAAGUUCCUCUCAAAGACUAUGGUGCUGAUGUCGCUGUUGGUACGAGUCGUGAAAUCAACAUGAACAAAGACGAGAAGCGAGGAAAGAGGAGCUUGUAUAACUUCGUAUAGAGUGAUGGCGGAUCACAAAUGUGCUUCUCUGGCGUUGAAGCGGUUCAUCUCAUCACUCUUGUUUUCUAACAGCGUGGCUGCUUCUAACACUGCAGGCAUUUCUCAGUUUUGUUUAAAAAGAGUAUUUAUGAUUUUCUUCCUGUUAUGUCCUGUUUGUACAUAUGCAUAUUAAAAGCCUUUCGCUAAUAAUAAUGU